AUGGAAGAUACAAAGUGUGAAUGUUGCGGGGAGGAGUUUUCGAGAAAAGCGAAAGGGUUUCAGCGAACCUCUAUUCACACAAAAACGAAAAAGGGUGUGAGUGUAGCUGGAGUCUUGGAAGACCACUUUAAAUUAUCCCUGACCCCAGGAAGAAGUACUUUCCUGUGCUAUCAAUGGACAAAUCUACUGGCAUCACUGCCUGAGAAGAAGCAGGCCUAUGCAGAUGUGGAGGGAAGAAAGAUUUCAACCCCUGUUUAGAAAAAAGUUGUAAAGAGACAGAGAGUAUCUCCAAAGAUCAACAGGGUGCUUUUUUCACCCCAGAAGAUUUCCCAUAAAUCUUCUACAGAGACGCAGAUUCCAGUAACAGUUAACAACACCCCUAUUGGAAGAGCAGUAGUUUCUCUAUCAAAAGGAAAAUACAGGAGUGGAUUCAGGAGUUUAUUCAAGCAUAGUAGAGCUGCGAGAAAAGCUGCAUUGUCUCUGUUAUGUGACACAGUACGGAAUGAGGUGAUGACAUGCUCAAAGGAACUGUAUAAAUACCAGCCAAUUUCAUUAGAGAAUGUGAUGGGAUUUUCCUGGACACAGUACAUAGAUCAAAUGAAGAAACUUUGCCCAUCACUUAUGGAUAUCAUCAUCUCAUCUCUAACUAGAAAGCGGUAUCAUAGCAGUGUGUCGAAAAAGCGAGGAUCCACAACUGUAUCCCUUGUCCCACUCGCAGGAACCAUACUGAGCUUGAUAAUGCAUAAUAGAACAGGCAGAGGUGCUGUGAUUCAGAAAAUGAAUUCACUGGUCAUGUGGCUAGGUGGUUGUAAGAGGAAGGUGUUUGAUGCAUUUAGCAAACUAGGAUGGUGCCUUGGGAUUUCAGCCACACGGGAUUCCAUAGAUACCUUCAGACAGGAGUAUGACAACAAGGUCCUUGACUGGAGGGAUAGGAUUACUUCUUUACAGAUAGAUCAGCAAGUUCCAGCUGUAGGUGUUAAUCAACCUGUUUGCACACCUGAGAUUGAUGUACCACAGGAAAUCGAGGAUGAUUGGGAGGAGGAUGAUGAGGAUAAUGAUAAUGACUUGUCAGAAAUAGAUUCCCUUUCAUCUGACAGUACUGUCACAUCUGAAAGUACAGAAUCACUGUCUGAUAUGGCAGAAUCACUGAGCAAUACAGAUAGUGAUGAGAGCAAAGAUUCCAGUUUUAUAAUUCCUACACCAAGUGUCACACAGUCAUUCUUCUUUGACAUUACUUUUGACAAUGUGAACCAGAAGGUAGGCGUAAGACAUCAUGUACGAGGGAAACAGAACAAAAUGUUUAAUAUGGUACAGGCAUUUGCAACCAGGGAUAGGAUACCAGUAUAUGGACUCAGUAACAAGACUCCUACAGCUGAUGACAUCAUGAACAUUCCUGACACAGCCUAUCUUCCUAGCGAGAGUGAUGAGAAGGACAUGAAGCUAGAACUUUCAUACAUGGUGGCCAGAAUUCUUGCUGCUCACAUGGCUUGUUUUGCAGAAUUUAAUGAUUCUAGUCAGUGGAAAAUCCUUCAUCCUUACAUGAAAGAAUCAAGUGUUAAAAGUGAAAUUGUUCCACUUGGGAUUCUCCAGUUUGACGAGACCAAAACAGCUGAAAUGAUACAGAUACUUGAUAAUUAUGGUCAAUAUGCCCCACAAGAUAAAAACGGAAGACCUCUACCAUUUGUCCUGUACUGUGAUGACUUGAGUUGUGAACGUGCGCAUUAA